GUUGUCUCGUGGCUCGUGUUGAAAUCCACACCCCUGAGCUGUGAUUCAGCACAUUCCCAGAGCAGCCCGGGUUUCCUCCUGUCCGGCUGGGGGUGGAUUUCCCCUCGAGAAGCCAAUGAACAAAAGCUGAUGUAUUCCUGCCCCGCUGGGAGGAAGCGUGCUGUGCCUCCUGCCCGGCUCUUCCUGCGGGAUGCUGGCGGAGCUCGCAGAGAGCUGUGGGCGGGAUGGAGGCAGGAGGCAGCGGGGCGGGAGUGCAGAAGCCGUAGUUCUGGGCUGUGCUCUUUGGCUCCGCUCCAUGCCUCUGAAAUAACAGCUCUGCCUUGGUCUAGCUGUGCAGAGAAGCCAGAGCCGGCUGCCUGUUUCCUCCUUCAGCAAACCUAAGGGAGCAGUGUCUCGAUGGGGAAGCUGUUCUCCAAAGGCUGGCGCAAAAGAGACGCGCGUGUGGUCAUGCUGGGCCUCGACCUCGCUGGGAAAUCCACCAUCCUGUACCAGCUGAAGGGCGGCCAGGCCAUGGAGACGUGCCCAACCGUGGGCUUCAACGUGGAGGCCAUGCGGACGCCCUGUGGCAUGUGCUUCAACCUCUGGGACGUUGGGGGACAGCCCAGCCUCCGUGCCAGCUGGCACCACUACCUGGAGGACACCAACAUCCUGGUCUUUGUGCUAGACAGCGCAGACACGGCUCGGCUGCCUGAAGCGUUGGCGGUGCUGGAGGAGACCCUGGGCCACCCUGGUCUCGCUGAGGUCCCCGUCCUCCUCCUGGCCAACAAGCAGGAGCUGCCAGGGGCCAUGGCUCCCGCCGAGCUGGGGCAGCAACUGUGCAAGGGACGGCUGGCAGAACACCCAUGGAUGCUGCGGGGAUGCAGUGCCCACACUGGGCAGGGCUUGCAAGACAUCCUGGGGGUUCUGGGGGAAUUGCUCCGGUGCGUGAGGCAGGGAUCUCUGGCCCCAGAGCAGCCCCUCAGCUGAACCACGGGAUUCUGCUUUGCCAGAUGUGUCUACAAGGGACAGAAGGGUUUUGUUUUCCUCCCAGCUCCACACUACUACCCUGGUGGAGCAGGACUUGCAGCAUCUGUUCGGCUGUAAGAUGUCACCUAUGGGUAUGAUCUUCAAGCCAUGGAAGUCAGUCAGGAUUAGUGCUGAUGGACAAUCUGUGUGUAUUAAUUCCUUGCUCCCUGGGGGUUGGAACUAGAGGACUUUAAGGACCUUUCCAACCAAAGACAUUCUGUGAUUCUUGUCUUGGUUCAUUCUUUCCUUCUGUUAUUUUUAGUGAAUGCUGCUUUCAGGAAAAUUGCACCUGUUUUCCCUUGGAUUAUAUUUAAAUAUAAAGAAAUUAAAUUUGGA